AUGCCGUUUAUUAAAGAGGAGAGUGAAGAUGUGAAGAUUGAAGAAACAUUCACAGUCAAACAGGAAGAUCUGCAGGAACAAACAGACCUAAUUGAAGAGAAGGAGAGGAGGAAAGAGGAGGAACAUCAUGUUAAAAUUGAGGAAAAAACUCAUUUACAGACUGAUGAUAUAUUGAAAAGGAGAAACAAAAAUAGUUUCACCUGCACUCAGUGUGGAAAGAUUUUGGCAAGCAAAAGCAAACUUAAGAUUCACAUGAGGAUCCACACUGGAGAGAAACCAUUCACAUGCACUCAAUGUGAGAAGAGUUUCAGCAUAUCAUCAUCCCUUAAUCUACACAUGAGGAUCCACACUGGAGAGAAACCAUUCACAUGCACUCAGUGUGGGAAGAGUUUUAGCCACUUAUCACCUCUUAAUAAACACAUGAGGAUCCACACUGGAGAGAAACCAUUCACAUGCACUCAGUGUGGGAAGAGUUUUAGCUUAUCAACAUCCCUUAAUCUACACAUGAGGAUCCACGCAGGAGAGAAACCAUUCACAUGCACUCAGUGUGGGAAGAGUUUCAACUGCUCGUCAAACCUUAGUAAACACAUGAUGAUCCACACUGGAAAUAAACCAUUCACAUGCACUCAGUGUGGGAAGAGUUUUAGCUUAUCAACAUCCCUUAAUCUACACAUGAGGAUCCACACUGGAGAGAAACCAUUCACAUGCACUCAGUGUGGGAACAGUUUCAGCCAAUCAUCAUCUCUUAAUAAGCACAUGAGGAUCCACACUGGAGAGAAACCAUUCACAUGCACUCAGUGUGGGAAGAGUUUCAACCGAUCAGAACACCUUAAUCUACACAUGAGGAUCCAUACCGGAGAGAAACCAUUCACAUGCACUGAGUGUGAGAAGAGUUUUACCUGCUCAUCACACCUUAAUCGACACAUGAGGAAACACACUGGAGAGAAACCAUAUGCAUGCACUCAGUGUGGGAAGAUUUUCAGCCAAUCAUCACGCCUUAAUCUACACAUGGUAAGCCACAACGGAGAGAAACCAUGACCUACGAAACUCUGACGGACUCUGACCUGCGAAAUCGCAUCACUUGACUGUGAGACCAAUCGAAGAUCAAAACAUGACCUCUCUGGACCGAAAUUUUAAAAAAUGUUCCAAUCGCACACUGUUUUUAAUGUCUAAUCAUCUUGUUUGUUCCCGCUCCUUUUAGCAACACCAUACAACAGAAUUUUGCAUGCUCAAACUCUAGUGUGACCGCAGCUUUGGCGUGGGAUGAGUUUCAGUAACUCCUCAGACCUUAAUAAACGCAUAAAGACUCACACUGGGGAGAAACCAUUCACAUGAACUCAGUGUAAGGAGAGUUUUAACCGAUCAGCAAACCUUAAUGAACACAUGAAGAUCCACACUGGUGUGAAAG